AUGGGUGACGAAUUGGGAGAGUUAAAGAAUGUUUUGAUAGAGAAAUUGUUUGAGUGUUGUUCUUUGAGUAGUGAGUAUAAGAAGAGUGACAUUCUUGAGUUUUACGAAGAGUGUGCUGAUGACAAGAAUUAUAUAUCGGGAUUUAUCGAAGAAGUUGAUGCAAUUAAUAAGAAGAUAACAACCGAUAAAACACCAAAGAGAAACACACACUCAAAUACCAAGCCAGACAACCUACUCCCUAACACUGAAACUACCCUUCAAUUCCCUCAAAAAUCUUUACAAUCUUAUUCGUUUCAAAUUCCCAAACAAAAACAAAGCAUACCUCAAAUAGUGAAGCUCAACCCUAUAAUCACAACACAAGAAACAUCGAUGUUUAAAUCCCAGAAACCAAAUGAGUACUUUAAGAAGGUGCCGGAGAUACAUAUAUUACCAAAAACUCUUUUUAAAGACAGUGACACCUUCUUACCAAACCACUUCGCGAUGACCAAAAAGUCACUUCUCUAUACAUCGACGUGUUGUGCGAACUAUCCCCAAUUUGAAUUUCUAAGGCUCAAAAUAGGGAGCGAGUUUAAUUUAAAACAAUGCGAAGUGCAACUUGAUAUUGACUUAAUGUGUAGCAGUCAGUCAUUGUAUGACACCUUUUAUAAACACACGUGGAAAGUUAAUACGGUAAUUUUCAUAGUUGCAGAUAACGAAGAUUACAAGGAAGAUGCUUUUGGGUGUUUUGUUCGUGUAGGAUGUGUGUCAUGUACAUGGGUCAAAGACCCAAAUAUCAAAUUGUUUAGUUUCAUUGGCCGGGAGGUACAACUCUUUGGGUUAAAGUCGGGUGGAGACAAUAAGUCCUUGUAUCUCUGUGAUGAAACAAAUAAAGAAAUUCUUUUUGCUGUUGGACUUGGUGAGUUUAAUGACAUUUUAUUUCAUAAAGGAACAGACAAGAACAUAACACCAACGGUCUACUUAAAACCAUCGGCUUUUAAUUAUAUGGAAAAAAAAUUCUUUGAACCAAAAAUAGUAAGACCAAAACGCUUGAUUGUAGCGAAUUUCUUUUAA